CACCGCCGCCGCCGCCGUACACUGCUGACUGUGUGUGUUUUUAUUAUUAUCAUCAUCAUCAUCAUCAGUAUUAGAGCGUUUAAUACACACUCUGAUCAUCACACAGCUUUGGCAUCUCUCAUGCAGAUCCACGGACGCGGAUCGCCACCGAACCCGUUAAUAUGUGAUCGCGUUACGCUUUAAUGUGUGAAUGUUCCACAAAACCGUGUCGGGAAGCAGCGUGAGUCCCGAGCCCGUCGCGGGAGCAUGGACGGACGCUACCUGGGUUCGGGCUUCACUGAGCGGCGAGCCACGUCAGGCGAGACCGCGGAUUGGGCCUACAGCAACCCGGCCAGCUCCAGUUAUGGUGCGAGUCACAUAGAGACAGAGCUUCCCCAAAGGCAAUCCUAUGCCUCCAGUCAUACACUCACUACCUACACCACCUCUCAUCACCCCACAGGUGUAUCUGGUGUCUUUGAUGCUAGUCUGCACACCACCGGAGGGAGCACUACUGAGUCAUCAGUCAUGAAUUUCCUUUCUUCCAUUGAAUCCCGAGGCCUUCAGGCUGGACCUGCAGCCACAUCUUCACUUCCUCAGUUCAGGACUUCACCAUGGCAGACUGGCACAAAUUCCUCAACAGAGCUCUUUCUUACUGGAGCUCUCCCAUCUUCUGGAACAUUUUCUACCCUGUCUGCUCUUUCUUCCUACCAGCACCCCGGCACCUUUCCCCCUCGGAGUUUCCCCACAUCGGCAUUACCUGUUCAGCACACUACAUUUAGCCCAUCAAAUGGCCUGCUUUCUCCUAAUGACCCUUUACUUCACAUGAAAUCUUCGCAAACCACUGUGCCAACAGCUUUUGCCUUCGACCGCCUGGGUGGUGCUUCCCUGGGCUCCAGCCUCCCAAUCCAGUCCUCCACAUAUCGCUCAGCCCAGGAGUCUGCGCCACAUCUUCUCCAGCCACAAUUCAGCCUUCUGCCAUCUCCUGUGAGUAACUCUCAGCAAACUAUCCAACCUUAUGGAGCGCCAGUUUUCUCCAGCUCCAUCGAACGAGCACUUCAGCGUGAAUGUAGUGUCAUCAAGCACCACCAGCGGCCUUCCAGCACCCAGCCUGUCCAGCAGCAGCUGUCUGUCAGUGCACAACACUCUUUGCAAGAUUACCUACCUGACGAUACUGAUGUCUCCUACCAAGAUCCUUCUCGACAUACGCCUGUUCCAGACAGUCCCAAUGGAAUUCCCGGUCAGGCCAUCAAUAGCACCUCUCAGCAGAAGACAGCCACAGUUCAGCUGCAGCAAACCCAGACACAUUCCUCGUCUGUGCCCUCUUCAGGGUUUUCAUCCACAUGUGGAGUGAAGGCCAAGGAUGAUUCUAGUGAAGCAGCAGAGCAUCUUGGGGAGGGCUCAGAGCUGCAUGAGCAGGUAGUCUCAUCACCCAUGCAACAGCAUGGGUAUCCUUCCACAGCCCAGAAACAGAGCUCUGUGAUUGCUAGCCAGUCACAGCCAUAUUCUUCAGCACAGCUUUCCAGUUUGAUGUCCAUAAGCCCUUCCCAAAGCUACAUUAGAUCACCAAGUCUCAUGAGCAACCUCAGUGAACCGCAAGCCUUCUCUUCCAAUCAGCCAGAGAAACUACCUUCUAUAUACAAAACGUUACCAUCGUUGGCUCCUCAGUCAGAAAACGAGACAUCUGUUAGCCGCUCUCUUAUGUACGCUUCUGGCCAAAAGCACAUAAUGUCUUCAGCAUCGAACAGAGAGGAGUAUAAUGAGCAGGCACAAAGGCUUUGUAUGGGCAAUGCCUCUCACAAUUAUUCUUCCAGCCACUCUCAGAGCCUAUCCACUGUUAGUUAUUAUCCCCAGGGACCUGAAUCUGUUAGUCCCUCUCAGAGCUAUGCAUCAGGUCAGUCUGUCACACCUAGUCCUCCCUUUUCUUCCUCCUUUGCCCACAGUUUACCAUCCGGUAAUUCCACCCGGGAUUACACCCUGAUGCAGUCUUCUCCAAGCAGGACAGAUGAUAUGCUGUUGCAGCAGACCCAGAAAUACUUACUGUCUGACCAGUCAACAGCCUCCACCGUCACUUAUACGCAAGCCAUCCAGAAUAACCAGUCCGCAGUGGAACAAAGCUCAGCCUAUGGCAAAAGUAAAGAAGAUGAGAGUAUGUUCCUCAGCUCCAAAGAGAACUGUGGAGAGCUUCCUAUUCAGAAUAUACAGGCAUUACAACAGGCUUCAAUAAGUAGUUCUACCCAGACUGUCACAAAUAGUGAUGUUGGGGUACAGAGUAAUGUUGUAUAUGUUGUUUUAAAAAUGGAAGACAGACAGGCUCAUAGCGUGAUCCGAAGCAACUCUCGAUCCGAAGAUCAGCUAACAGGUCUUGCACCAAUGUCUUCUAUCAAGGAUGAGAGAAUUAGUACUUUAAUUGGGCAGUUGCCAAGCACCACCGAUUCUCAUGUCUCCUCUGGAACAAAAAAUAACUCUACGUUAAUGCAGGCCUCCCAUGUGACUUUAAAUGCUGACCAGUUGAAAGAAAACCCUGUGCUCCUUAAAGUUCCCACUGCUCAGCAAGAGGACCAGAGUAACAGAGGAGAUCAUAGGCAGUUGUCGCAGGAACAGGCACAGUUUGUUCAGCUGCCCAGUGCCCAAGUUCUACUGGAGCCCUCUCAGAUGAUCCUUCUUCAACCCCCUUUGCUCCAUACAGGGCCAAAUCAGUCUAAGCCAGUUCAAACGCACCCAGUUUCAGUUCAGUUCCUGCAAAUGAAUAAUGAAAUCCUAAAUUCUGCAGUCAGUGGGGUUGAGAUUUCGCAGAUAGCCCCCCAAGCUAGGGAGUCCACAAAGCAAUACCCGGUACAAAAAGACACUUUUAGCCAUCCGACUAAUCAGCAUGAUGCCAAGCAGCACUUUACCUUAAGCUCUAUCUGUUUUCCCGAUUCCAUGCUGAUGACAGAUGAGAGGAACAUUCUGUCCAACGUGGACGACAUCCUAGCUGCCACAGCAGCUGCCUGUGGAGUCACACCACAGGACUUUAAAACCUCAUCCUCUGAAGGGGACUUGGGAUCCAUAUCCAGCCCUUCAGACUCGAAAUGCCACUAUGAGUUAGCUAAUAACAAGCAUGACGCUAAUACCUUCCCUUCACAGCGCAUGAUUUCGAACACGCAGUCCAUUACUUUAUCUGUAAAUGGUGGUCAGUUGACAACAGACAUUCAAGUUAAUGGAAACCAAGAAUUCUCUCACAUACAGCAAAAUGGCGCUAAGCAUGAAUUAUCUGACAAGGUGUCAGAGCACCACAAGAAAAAUGAAGUAUUCCCCAAGGGGCUUAACAGCAAUGAGUCUUCUAUAAAUUCUAAUGGAGGUACUAUUAACACAUUUGCCAACAACCACACAAACUAUAAUCUAACUUCCCAGGAGUAUAACCUCACUGGUUUUGAGAAAGCAGACACCAUAUUAAAAAAUAAGAAUCAAUCCAAAGUAGUGAAGAGUGUUAAGUUGGAAGAAAAGUUGGCAGAAUGCUCUGCUGAUGGUCUUUCAAAGAAGCGAGUCAGGUCAAAGGGUUCUUCCAAGCAAGCUAGUGAAACUGAAAAUGGUCAACCAAAAUCUCAAAAAAGAAGUGGCCAAGUAAAACGUCAGAACUCCAAAGGAAGCGAAACAAGUCCGUCCUCUGCCUCUGAGGGCUGUCUUGAUGGCUACCAGCAACAGGAAAGAAUACGUCAAAAAAUAAGGGAGGUAGAAGAAAAACAGCCAGAUGUUAAAACUGGGUUCAUCGGAUCUUUCUUGGACUUUCUUAAAUCCGGACCCAAGCAGCAAUUCUCAUCACCACCCAUACGGUCACCCAACCGCUCAAGAAAGCCUUCAGUUCCUAAAAGACCUUUUAAUCAAUUGGCACUGCCCCCUAAACCCAUUCCACUAUCAACUCCAGUGGUUUCACCAGACAUCAAUACUGUUAGCUCUACUAAAAGAUUGGAUGAGGAUCUUCAGAAAAACCUGGAGACACUUCCAUCCUUCUCGUCAGACGAAGAUGAAUCCGUUGGUAAAAACCAAGACCUUCAAAAGAGCAUUAGUUCUGCACUUUCUUCUUUAGAUGAGUCCACGGAGAAGCAACCCUCAGACAGCAAAAGUUCAAGUGAUGGCACUGGUCAAGAUCAGUCAUCAAGUGCACAGUCUGUAGAUGCAAAACUAAAGGACCAGCAAAAGCCUGCUCUGAAUGACAUGCCAGUGGAGGAACUGGUGAAGAACAUACCUCCCAACAAACUUGCAAUAUGCCUGACUACUGUAGCUAUCGAAGGCCUCACAGAUGAGGAACUGUCUGACAGCGGAGAGGAGGGCAUGUACAGAGAACGUGAUGAGUUCGUGGUAAAAAAUGAGGACAUAGAAAGCCUGCAGGUGACAUUGAAGGCAGGAAUAGAACCUCCAGCCAUUUGGAAGGUACAAAAGGCCUUGCUGCAGAAAUUCAUACCCGAGCUGAGAGAUGGAAAACGAGUGUUUUCCGCUACCAACAGUUACCUGGGUUAUUUCGGAGAUGCUAAGACCAUGUACCGUAGAGUAUACGUCAAGUUUCUUGACACUGUGAACAAGCGGGAGUAUGUGCGAGUCUGCAACAGAAAACCAAGGUGCAAGCCCAUGCAUUCUGUAAGAGGUUCUCAGAAGGCUCUGCACGCCCGAAAAGCUGCCGCACCGACAGCGUCCGACUCCUCUGCUUUGAAAUCCGGCACAAAGCAAAGCCUGUCCAAGCCCAGGCCAAAACAGGCAAAAGCCAAGGCUGAACCUCCACCGAAAAAACGGAAGAAAUGGAAGGAGGAGUUCACAGACUCGACACAGCUGGCAUCUCCAGAAACCGCAUGUGAAGAUGACGAGUUUACACCACCGGUACCGUUUGCCUCGCGCUUCCUCAACACCAGGACGAUGAAGGAAACCUUCAAGAGUUUUGUGGAGCUCCUGAUCAGCGUUGCUCUGGACGCAGACGUCAUGGUGACACUGGAGAGAGAGAACGAUGAACUUCUGCUGCCUCAUAUGAAGAAAGUGGAUGGCAUGAUCACGGACAAUAGGAGGAGGCUGCUGCCCAAGCUGCGGGUGGGACAGGUGUUCAAAAAUGCUUUAGACAGCUUUCCAGAGUUGUCGGUGGUACCGGAGCUGAAAACAGAUGGAGAGACCCCCACUUUUAAAGUCCGACUGAGUGGCAAGGCGUACAACAGGAAGACCAUGAAACCUGCUAAAUCCCCUAAUAAACUUCCCCUGGAGUACACAGUGGAGCAGCAGAAAACUCAUUGGUUUUCUCUUUAUCAUUCACUGCAGCAUUACAAGUAUCACACAUAUCUGAGGUGUAUGAAAGAGAUUGCACUGUUGCGCUCACGCGGCGUGGAUCUGGGACAGGAGGAGACCGUGCAGACGUGCAUGGGGAACCGAGCGUGGGUCGAGGGCCUGUUUGACCGCUUCGGAGAGCUUCUCACACAGGUGCAGCAGGCCUGCCUUUAACCAGACGGUAGAACGGUAGAGCAACAAGUGGGUUUAGUUCAUGAGCCCUUUCUAAAGCACUAACCACCAGAAGAUGGAGAAGCACCAAAACCCUGAGAAUCGUGUCCAAACACUGAGAUGAUGAUUAAUCACAGAAAAACUCUAAACUAUGUACAGACAUGAGAAGGAGAUUGUCAAGAAAUACCCUGAGAAGAUGAAGAGUCGUGAAGAUAUAGUCGUUAGAUGAUGGGAGACGGUGGAGAAAUGCAAGAUGAUGGAGAACCACCAAGUUGGAGAAAGAAAUUAAAAAGCCUUACAGAAGAGCAUUAGAAUAUAAAAAAUGUGAAAAACAUGGGGAACCAUGGGGAGACUGUAAGAAAAUGGGGAACUGAAGACAAGAAGAUGGAGAACCAUGAGGAAAAAUUGGGAUGGAUGAAAAAAGUGAUGAAACACAUGAGAAAACUUUAUACAAAGAUUAACAGCAGAACUUGGGUGUCUAUUCUUGGAACCACAGAGGCGAUAGAUUUUAGUCACGUUUUUUAAAUCAUAUUUUAUGCUUCGUAUUGUUAUUUUUAUUAUCUGCUUGGCUGAACUGGACAGACGUGAUGCAACAUUUGGCAGAUUUUCUUCUCUGAUGGUUAAUGAAUUUGUGCUACAGGGUGAUUUACCUUGAAAACACUAUAUAUUUUUUUUUAUAGAACAACAUUUGAGAUUGGUUAAAGAGGGAUGCUAAUGAUUGUAUAAAUAUAUAAAUACAUAGAUCUAUAUGUAAAAACUUUCUAUAUCAGAGUGUAAAUUUUGUAAAGAGAGCUCUUUGGAUGAAUUUGACUCUUUAUGUGCUUUUAGACUCCUUUUAUAUGACAGGUUAUAAAGAUGGAGUUGGUGCAAUUCUAAUACUUCUUUUGUGAUAAUGUUGUAAUAAACCGCAUCAGAACUAUUUUCUUGUCGGAAACUAUAUUUUAUAGUCUUUCGAAAAAAAAAAAAAACUUUAUCUUAAAUAUAGAUGUAUUUUUCCACAAAGGAAAUAUUAUUGUUUCCUGAUCCUCUUUGUGGUACAAAAGAUGCCUGAUGUGUUUAUAUGACGAAUUUCUAUCCCUGACUGUGUGUCCUCAUGAUCACUUCUUUACUGUAGAAUAUUACAAUUUUGCCACAGUUUUGCACAGAUUACGAUGCUUUUGCCUUUCGAGUCUAGCUGUGAUACGACCUGCAAGUAUUUUUUUUUUUUUUGAUAUGUGAAAAAAUAAAUAAAUUUCUUACCAUUGCA